CUCCAACACCGGCGGUCCCUGCGCAGUCAAGGUCCCGCGCUAGUGUUCCUCCCUGUAGUCUCAGCUGCUACUUGCAUCGACAAUAUCGUAAGAAGUCCUUGCUUGCCCAUGUGAGGUCCAUGAAUUGAAUCUAAGCUAUCAGACGCCCGAAUUAGCGACACAUGGCGCUGCAACGACGCGCGCUCGCCGGGGGACAUGCGGCCAAAUGUAUUGCGGUCUUGAUGAUAGUCAUUUGUAGCAGCUUUUGUGCCAAAGCUCUGGCACGCGCAGAGGUCACACAGCGCGAAGCGGCGGACCGACGUCUGAGAGACCUCCAACAACUGAUUCUUCAAGCACAAGAGUCUGCAGGAUUGCGGGCGAAUCACGUGGAACGGGAGGGCGCGGCGGCGGCCCGACCCCAUCGCGGACUCCGUGGCGAGUCCUUGGCGGUGUCAGCGCCUUCGCCGCCUGAAGGUGGGGGUCAGCAGUACGCGGUUGUUAACCUGGAUUUGGGUCUGAGCAGCCGUGGCGGCGCCGUCAACAUCAGCCGCCUGGAGCCGCGGUCCCACACACCGCCGGGAGGCUCCCGGAUCCAACCCGGAUCCAAUGCUACCGCCAAUGGCAGCAUUGGAACGUGGGGCCCGUACUCACCGGCUGGGGCCAUGGGCUACCUGUGGGCCCGGGUCGACUACAGUAGUGGCAGUAGCAGCGGCGGCGGCAGUAGCGAUGCCGCCUGGUACCCCGUGUGUUUCCGAACGGAGAACGAGCCCGCGCUGAAAGCGGCCAACCUCAUGUAUGCCGUGACGGCCUGCGUGGACGCCGGCUACAGCCUCGGCUACAGCCUGCCGCCAUCGUACACAGCAGCGUACGGCGGCAGCAGCACCACAGGCGCAAGCACGCCGCCGCCGCACUUUCCUGGCGGCGGCGGCGGUAACGGCACGGUGGGACAGGGGGAGCAGCAGCAGCAGCAGCAGCAGUUGUUCAUUAGCAACAUGGGGUGCAUCCUUUAUUCGGGGCCGGAUGGCAGCAGCACCGAGUGCACGGGGGAUCUGGGGCCGCAGUGCCUGGGCGCUCCCGCCGUGCUGUCCUGCAUCCCCAACGCCACGGAUCCUGGAUCCGUGCUGGAUCUGGAUGUUGUUGUGGACUGGCGGGCGCCGCCAGCGACUGCCGUAACCAGCGGCGGCGGUACGGCACCGACGUACGAGGGCGACAACGUGCUGUACGGCAGAAACUACGAGCGUUACGUGUGGCCGGCAGGCAGCACGCCGUACGAGACGGUGUACGACGUGUGCGUGGGGCAUUUCGCGGUGGUGGACCCGCCUACCCCCCUGCGCCUCGAGCUGACCGUGUGGGAUGCCGGCUCCCUCGCGCUGCACCAGUCCGUCACCUGGGCCUACCCGGAAUACGCAACCGGCAGCCCUCAGCAGCUGCUCGCUGACCUGCUGCGGGGAGCAUUCGGGAGCGAUGAUGGCAACGGCGGGCCCGCCUCGCCGCCCUCGCCGCCGCCGCCGGGCCCUGGGAGCGGCGGCGCAUGCGCGCCCGGCAUGCGCGGAUACCUCGGCAGCUACAUGCACACGGGGCGCAACAGCAGCAGUGACAGUGGCAGUGGUGGGAAUGGGAAUGGGAGUGGGAGUGGAGCUGAGGGCGGGCAGCCGGAGCUGGAGAUCAUGGUGUCUUGGUCUCCUGCACCCGUGCGCUUCCCUCCACUGCUGGACGCAAACUCCAGUUUCGUUUUCAUCAACAACACGAACGAUGUCGACAUCAUCACAUCUUGGCCUGCGGUGCAGUUCCCGCCACCGCCAAAAGCUGCAUCGCCGCCCCCACAGGUGUCCGGGCAACCUGCGCCUUCCCCCUCCCCUUCCCCUUCGCCCUCCCCCUCGCCCUCCCCCUUGCCCUCGCCCUACCCCGCGCCAGCAGCAUCAGGCGGCGCAAACCCAAGCUCCCCGAGCAGCGGCGGCGAUGGCGUUCCUCCUCCAGCGUUGGUCGUGGGCGCCAACGUGACCGUCACAAACCUCAUGCCGCGGACCUACAUCGAGGCCUCACGCCUGUGGACCCUCUACCGGCCCGCCGGCGCCGUGGCCUUCCUCUGGGCCAGCGUGGGCGACCCCACAGGCGUCUCCUCCUACCUCCCUGUGUGCACCAAACGCGGCGAGGCCAUUGUGGACUACUACGCUGCAAUGGCCUGCUGGAACGACCCCGGCAGGGCCGGCGGCUACGUCCUGGGGUACGGGCUGCCGCCCUGGUACCUGGCGCACCGGCCCGGCACUACCCUGGCGCCCGCCGGUGGCGGGGCGCUGCUGGGGCCUGCUGCGGCUGGCCCGCCGCGCUUCCUCACGGAUCUGGAGUGCGGCGGCGGCGGGGCGGACUCGCCACAGCAGCAGUGCGCCGCCACUGUGGCCGACUCCUGCGAGGACUACGCGCUCCUCAGCUGCAUCCCGCACUCGUCAGACUACCUUGUGCUCUUCGACCUGGAUGCGGUGGUGGACUGGGCGGCGCCGGCCAGUGCGGCAUUGUCCGUCGGCUCGCCGCCCACCUUUAUGGGGGACAACGUGGCCACCGGCCUCGACUAUGAGCGCUACAUGUGGCCGCCCGCGGACCGCACAGACGUGCGCAGGCCCUACUUGACGGUAUACCACGUGUGCGUAGACAACUUCCAGGUCGUUGAGCCGGCCGGCCCCGUGCGCCUCGACCUCACCAUCCGCAACGGCGGCGCGGUGGUUCUGUCCAUGUCCGUGGUCUGGAACUCCAGCGCCCUCGGGCACGGCGGCCUGUUCGGCAGCUUCGGCGGCCCGCCUGCGGGCCCGCCGAUCCCCGGCCGCGCCGUGGCCUGCAACCCCUCUAAGCGUGGCUACCUGGCGAGCUACAACUACACGGGCCGUGUCAGCGGUGGCAGGUACUCGACCACCUGGACAACUGGGAGCCACGACGCGCUGCCGCCGGAGCUGGAGGUCGUGGUGGGCUGGUCGUGGGCCGGAGAGUCUCCACCGCCGCGCCUACCGCCGCCUUCGCCGCCCGCCCCACCCGGUGACGCCGCCGCCGCCGGCGCGCCUCUGGUGUCCUUCAGCUCUCUACUGCCCUGGCAGUACCAGUACCCCAACCGCAACUGGGCCUUCUACCGCAACCCCGGCGCCCUGACAUUCACCCUAGCCACCGUGCGGGGCUCUGCUGACGAGGCGCUUCGCUACCCGGUGUGCGGCGGCGCCGUUGCCAAGGUGGUCACGCUGCUGGCUGCGACCACGUGCCGAGCGGCGGGUUACAUUUUCGGUUACGCGCUGCCGUACUGGUACGUGCCGCGUGCCGACCUGGACACGGGCUCCCUGGGACACCCCGAGGAUCGCCGGUUCGCCAACAACGUGCGGUGCAACAUCUCCAUGCAAGCGCUGCUGAAGCAGGACCCGCUGCCGCCGUACGAAUGUACGGGCACUCUGUCCGACACAUGCGAUGGGGGCUACGCCCUGGCCAGCUGCAUUCCCAACGCCGCAGCUGCCACCAACGCCGUCUUUGACCUGGAGGCGAUGGUGGACUGGAUGCCGCCUGGAGGCACGGAGGCGGCGGUGGCGGCGGCGGCGGCGGCGGCGGGCACGGGGCCCAUCUUUAUGGGGGACAACGUGGCCACCACCUCCAACUACGAGCGCUACGUGUGGCAGGCAGGCAGCUCGCCCUACAAGACGGCGUACGCCGUAUGCGUGGAGUAUCUCGCGGCCGUGGUGCCGGGCGGGCCCAUACGCGUCGACCUCACUGUCCGCAGCGGCGGCGUGACAGUGAUGGACCAGACGGUGACGUUCCCCAACACCACCCUGGUCGGCGGGCGACUGCUCGAGGUGGUGCCGGCUGCGGGGCGGGGCGUGGCCUGCAAUGCCGGCAGCCGCGGCUACCUCGGCAGCUACACGUACACAGGGCGCAACGGCAGUGCUAGUGGUGGAAGCAGUGGAGGCGUCAGUGGCAGUGGCGGGAGUGGAGCAGGGGCGGUGCCUGCUGGAAGCCACGACCUAGCGCCGCCGGAGCUGGAGAUUGUAGUGGCCUGGUCGUUGGCUGGAGUGCGGCCCCUUCCGCCACCCGCUCCGCCGCCCGGCACCACGCCGCCGGCCGCAGCGUCGCCCCCAUCGCCAUCGCCAUCGCCGUCACCGUCACCUUCGCCAUCACCGGCACCGUCUCCAUCUCCCGCUCAGUCCUCAUCAGGCACGCCGCCGCCAAGCCAAUCCUCGGGCAGCCCGCAGGGACCGCCGCCCAACUGCACCCAGCAGCUUCAGAACCUGGCCCGCGGCGCGGCCGCUUACUCCUCCUCCUACCUCACCUGGUGGUGCCUGGGCGGCUGCAGGGCCACCUACGUAGUCGACGGCGACACCGCCACCGACAAACAGAUGCUGCACACCGCCCCCUUCGACUUUGACACCUGGCUGUCCCUGGACCUCGGCGCGCCCUCCAUCAUCUCCUGGGUGCGAAUCUGGCACCGCAGCGGGUUCCUGGGUCGGACGCAGAUGUCGGAGCUGCGGGUCGGAAACGCGAGUGUGAUGGCCGCGACCGCCAGCGACACCGCAAACCUCCAAAAGAACACGCUGGUGUGGAAGCAGCCGGCGGCGCUGUCGGAGGACGUCACAGUCCUGGUGUUUGACCCGCCGGUGGUGGGGCGCUGGGUGACGUUUCAGAACCUGGUGCCCAGCCCGCGCAUGGAUGACGAGCACGCGCUGCAAGUGCGCGAGCUGGAGGUGUUUGGGGUGCGCGUGCCCGCCACACCGCCGCGGCUGUACCAGAACGUCUACGUGGGCUGCGUCAGCCAGGAGGCCCUGCUGUCGCCCGCCGCCUCCGCACCACCACCCGCCGCCUCGCUACUGGCCAUCUACCGCAACAACACCGCCGCCACGUCCGACCUGUGCGCCCAGGCAGCGCGCCGUCUAGGUGCGCGCUACUACGCCGUGCAAGGCGGCGACUGCUGGCACCUCAGCAACUUCAGUACCGCCGCCGUGUCAGUCGUGACUCAGCAGUGCGACGCCGCGUGCCCGGGAGAUGCGCAGCAGAUGUGCGGGGGCAGCCGUGCCUACGGCAUCUACGAGAUCGCGCCGCCAGGUGCAUCGGCGUCUCCACCGCCGCCGGCGUCACGUUUGGCACCGCCGCCGCCGCCGCCUCCAGGUGGUGCCGACGCACGCGAGUGCUGCGCCUGUCCCGCACCCUGGCCGCCGUCGCCCCCACCACCACCACCCAAGCCCGAGCAUACAGCAGGGAGCCCUGCGCCGCGCAAGCUGCCCGUGCGGUCCCCGCGGCCGCUCAGGCGCCCCCCUCCCAGAGCCGUGGGCCAGGAACGACGGUCAGCCGGUGCUGGUCCCGCGCCCUGACCCAUCAUUCAGCGCUCCUCGUGCGUACUAUCUCCGUCGGCACUGUGGUUAAGAUUGGAUGCAUACUUGUGGAUUGGCGGUGGUGGCCACGGGUGAUGCCAGCAUCCAAAUGCAAGUGCACGGGUGACAGGUGACACCUGUGUGAACGAUUGGGGUGCGGUUUUCCUUCUUAUGCUUCUUGUUUGUGCUUCGCGUACGUGUGAGGAGGACUGACAACAUUCAUACAUUGUACCGUACUGUGGUACUUACGUCGCGCCGCACAGGCACGUGAUUCAAUACUUCUUGCCAGCUAGCUCACUUGAUAGCUGUCUACACCAUCGGUCCUCAUAAUGAGUGGGUCCCUUACUAUCGUAGCUUCUUAUGAUGCGCAUGUGGUGCGCGUGUGCAAUGCUGUUCAUUCGUUGUCAGGCGGGUGGCAAGCCCCUAGAGCGGGGAGGGGGCAGGCAGGGUUUCGCGCCUAGCUCACCGCAUUACGCUACCGUAUGUGGAGAGCCCCCCAUCCACCACACUUGAAGGCACAUUCAAGCAACACGGAGAGCAACAGGCUGGAAGGCACUAGCAAGCCACCUAAGACUACUUAGAAGAGCUCGCGUGUAGCAGUGCAAUCUUAAAAGCUGUCAUAUGAUGUCUGUGGAGGGUGCCGUGGCCGCUGUAUGGAUGGGUAGGUAAUAAUAGGUAUGCCCCUCCCACAGUGGGUGAGGCCGAUGAGGCGAGGGCAUUAUCUUGAUUGGAUGGGCAGAAAUGUUGGUAUAAAAGGCUGGCUACCAAAGCAGCUCGUGUCAAGCAUCGCAUUG